AUGUUCAAAAAGAGAAGCAAAAUAUCCAUAUCGAAGGACUCACAAGAAAAGAAAAGAAGAAAAUUGGAACCAACUACUGCCUCUACUAAUAAACAUACAAUAAAUGAUGAUAAAGGUGAAGCGCAACGUGAAGAUGUUGAUGAUAUCCCAAAUUCACCUAGUCUGAAAAGAGUCCAUAUAAAGGGAACCAUUGCUUCCUCGUCUUCUUCCUCAUCGAAAUCUCGACUCAACGAAAUAAACUCAUUAGAGAAGGAAAAUGAAAAAGUUACUGAAGAUGAAAAUGAUAACGAAAGUACGCUGAAUACUGAUUCUCCACUGGGAGGCACCCUUAAUAUAAACAUGAAAGGUUCAACAUUAUCUCAAAUUAAACAACCAAAGAAUGUUAAACAAACAAUAUUGAUGGAUUAUCAACCAGAUGUUUGUAAAGAUUUUAAGCAAACUGGAUAUUGCGGUUACGGUGAUAGUUGUAAAUUCUUACAUUCAAGGGAUGAUUUUAAAGCUGGUUGGAAAUUAAACCAAGAUUGGAAAAUUAAUGAUGAUACAUCUUCAAGCAUUAUAAAUGAGAAUAUACCAUUUAAAUGCGUCAUUUGUAAGAAUGAUUAUAAAAAUCCCAUCGUGACAAAUUGUGGUCAUUAUUUUUGUGCCAAUUGUUUCUCAAAUAGAAUGGUCUCUGAGAAAAAUUCAAAAUGUUUCAUUUGUAAUGAAGAUACUCAAGGUGUAGCAAGAAUUGCUACAGAUUUGAAAAAAAAUUUGAAAAAUAGAAUCGCAAAUGAAACUUAA